AUGUUGAGAAACUUGUUGAAUUAUCCGAUAAGUGCAAUCAAUUCUGGCAAGAAUCGAUUGUUGACAAUUCGAUCAAGUUGGUAUCUCGGUGACGCAAUGAAAAAAUUCAAUGAUAACAAAGAAUAUGAAAAAGCUUUGCAAUUAUUCGACGAGCACAAGGAGAAAGAUCUUUUGAAAAUAUCCAAAUAUCACUUAACUCAAGCAUUGAUAUCGUCCGUUGGUAUCCGUGAUUUGAAUCGUGCUUUAGCUAUCGAUCAAAUGCUUCCAUUGAAGUUAAAAAAAGAUGGUUAUAUCGUUGCGUCAUUGAUCCAAGUCGCAAUGAUUUGUGGUAAUAUUGACUUGGCUGAAUCAUUUUUCCAUCGAGCAAAGAAAAAAGAUCCUGCCAUCUAUGGAUCUAUGAUGAAAGGCUAUAUACGAAAUGGUCUGCCAGAAAAAGCUAUCGAAAUUUUCAAACAGAUAGAAAAUCCGAAUGAAAUCAAUCUAAUUCUUUUGUUUAAUGCAUGUGCUCAAGUGCAAAGUAGUUCGGCAUUAGAAUUCGUGAAGCAUGUCGCUUCGCAAAUGUCCUUAACAUGUCAUUCAAAUGAAAAACUGGUCAAUUCUCUUAUCGAUGCGUUAAUUAAAUGCCGGGAUUGUUCGAGCGCAGAAGAGUAUUUUUUGAAUUCUAAAAAAAAUGUCAUUACUUAUGGAAACCUGAUGAAUGGAUAUAAUAAGGAACGAAAUCCGCAGAAAACUUUACAAUUAUUCUCUCAAAUGAUUCACGAUCAACUUGAGCCAACUACCAGUACAUACCUUUGUUUGUUUAAUGCUUUAUCUCAACUGGGCUUUAGUUCACUUUCCCAAUCGUAUGCGAAGAAAAUGCCGGAGCGUUUUUUUUCUAGUCCCCGAAUUCAAACAGCAUUGAUUCACAUGUUUGGUAAAUCUGCUUGCAUUGACGAAGCAAGAUCUGUUUUUGAUCAGAUUUCUCCUCCAAAUCAGUUUGCUUACACUACAAUGAUUAAUUCUUACGGUUUAAACGGAAUGGGAGUUGAAGCGAUAGAGUUAUUUCAACGAAUGCCUUCGAAUAUGAUGAACGAAGCCACUUACGUAUCUGUUCUGAAUGCGUGUUCACACUCAGGAUUGGUACAAGAAGCACAACGUAUCUUUGAAAUGAGUCCAAUCAAAACUGGGCAAAUGCAUGCUGUAAUGGUCGAUUGUUUAAGUCGAGCGAAACUUUUUGAUCAAGCAUUAGCAUUCAUUGAUGAAUAUGAACAAAAUCAGUCGCCAAUCAUAUCGAUGCAAAUGUCAUUACUUUCUGGAGCUCGCAACGCCAAUAAUCAGCGUUUGUCGGAAAAAAUGUUCGAACGAAUGAAACGAACGUUCCCUCAUCUUGUCGACUCGUUAACAUCCGCUUCGGUUCUUCUGGCGAAUGCUUAUGCAUCGACAGGAGAGCUUGAUCGAGCAUUAGUCAUUCGAGAUCAGCUACAGCAAUCUGGUCAAAGGAAGAAAGUUGGUUUAGUAUGGACGGAAUUGAAUGGGGAGAUCUUUCAAUUUCGAGCACACGAUCGAUCACAUGCUGAAUCAUCAGAAAUUUAUGCUGAGUUGAAUGAACUGACGAAAGAACUUCUCGAGCACGGUCAUCAGUUUGAUCAAAGUUGGGUAACACGAACAAUAGGAAAAAAUGAAACAGUUCAGUCAAUACUUUGUGGACAUAGCGAAAAAUUAGCAAUCGCUUUCCAUUUCAUUCGAAAUCGUAAACCAACGAGAAUUCAGAUAACAAAGAAUCUUCGUGUCUGUGGUGAUUGCCAUCAAACAACAAAAUUGUUUGCUCGAAUUCGUAAUUGUACGAUAAUUGUUCGCGACGCCAACAGAAUUCAUCAUUUCUAUCCUAAUGGGCAAUGUUCUUGUCAAGAUUAUUUUUAA